GUGAUCCUGCUCUAACAGGGGCUUUGGAUUAGAUGAUCUCUAGAGAAAUUGAAAAGUUCCAAAAAGGGGAAGGAAAGGAAGAAGAAAAGUAUAUUGAUGUAGUCAUCAAUAAAAAUAUGAAGCUGGGACAAAAAGUUUUGAUUCCAGUAAAACAAUUUCCUAAGUUCAACUUUGUGGGAAAACUUUUGGGUCCACGUGGCAAUUCUCUAAAGCGCUUACAGGAAGAAACACUGACAAAAAUGUCUAUUUUGGGAAAAGGUUCUAUGAGGGACAAGACAAAGGAGGAAGAGUUGAGAAAAAGUGGAGAGGCAAAGUACUUCCACCUGAAUGAUGACCUGCAUGUUUUAAUUGAAGUAUUUGCUCCACCGGCAGAAGCAUAUGCCAGAAUGGGACAUGCAUUGGAAGAAAUCAAGAAGUUCCUCAUCCCU